CCGUCGUAAGAGGAGGACGAAGAGGAAAAUUUCUGGUUUCGGGGCAGGCCAAAAAUUGCUGGCUGCGUGACUCCCGUAAAUCCCUAGUUCUGCCCAGUGAUUUCCUGCCCCGGCCACGGCCUUCGCCUUGUAGUGGGCGCGCUACUCGCCAACCAUCCACCCUUCCAUACGCAGCCCGCGCGGGAGCUCGCCGUCGAUCUGGUGAGGUACGGAGACGGGAACGGAUUGCUGUUCGGUUCGCGGGAGGAAGUCAUUGUAGGGAGAAUCCCAAAAAGGAAGAAUCAUCGCAAUAAUGUCCAGCAAACCUGCAGCCGCCCCGUGCCUGGCCGAGAGCUGGGAGGAAAUCGACGAGGAUCGGUUGCCCGGUACGAUAAAGAUACUGAAAAACACGAGCCCGCCCAAGGCGGAUCCGGGUGGUGAAGCGACGGGUCGCGUUAACGGGAGUUCGACGGCACGUCAGCCCACCCUUCCCGAGACGCUCGAGGAAGAGCUGAAGCCCAAGAUGGUACAGCGGCCGAUGCAGAUCCUGCGGCGUCCACAAUCGAAUAGCGGCACCGAUAAGAGCCCUCUGGAGAACAAACCGAAGGCUCAACCAAAAUCACUCGAUCAACGGAAACAGGAGUACGCCGAAGCCCGAUUGCGUAUUCUCGGUUCAGCCCACGGCGACGAAGACGAGACAGAGAGCAACAAAAAGACCAGUUCUCCAGCGAACGGAAGUCGAACAAACGCCAUCAAUAACAACACCAACAACAACAACAGCAGUAGCAGCAAUAGCAGUAGUAGUGGCAACAACACAGCAGGCAACGCUGCAACAGGCGCAAGUGGAGUCGGUGGGGCUAGUGCAAAUAAUAACGGCGGCGGUGGUGGUAGCGGUGGUGGUAACAACUUUCGCCAUUUCCAUCCACCAUAUCGACAACAGCAGCCCUUGUUCUAUUCGUCACCACCACCACUGCCCACACUUCCGAACCAUCCGGCGAUGCAUGGUUCCCAUCCAGCAAUGCAGCACCAUCCGCACCACAAUCCGUUCCCAAACGGUGGGCUUCCGCUUCCAUACCAGCAGCACCAGCCGCAGCAUCCACACUUUGUUCCACCGAUGAAUGGUCCAUCUCCUCAUCCCUACUUUAACGGCGGGGGCGCACGUACCGGCGGACUGGCUGGUGGUAGCGGUGGCAACGGUGGUACAGGAGGAGGAUAUUACUCAAAAGGAUCAGCUUACGGUGGUGGCGGUGUUGGUGUUGGUGUUGGUGAUAUGAAUGGUACAGCUGGGCCGUUAAUGUCGUUGAUGGGACACGGUCUUUCGGUGCAGCAUCCCGGCGGCCAUCCCGGAGUGUACGGUGGCAUCGGGUACGGUAGUGGUGGUGGUAAAGGAAGUUCUGGUGGAGGAGCACCGCCGAAUGGAGGUAAUCAAAAUCUGCUACGCCUACCAGCCGGUCCGGAUGGUUCGCAAGGGUUCAACAUGCGCCGGUAGCUAGCUGAAGGACACCGAUCAGCUUCGCUGAGCUGUGUAUAAACGGGCUGGAUCACGCUUACAUUUGGUUUUUCUUUUCUUCAAUAAUUAUUACCACUCCCAUAACCGAUACGGAAUACUGAGUCGUUUACAUCUUCUUCUUGACCAUGUUUCCACGAAUUUCGAAAAAAAUUCUGCUCGAUGUGAAAUUUAAAUUGUAAUCACAGGCCCGUGAAUCCAACGAACCGCAGUUCGAGAGCAUCAUCAGUCGCCUGGCGAUGCAAAAGCCGCAAACCGUGUUGCUUUCUGCAUUGACCGAUGCGCUAGCUCCCAUAUUCCAUCAUUCAUUUCCAUCUCUCUCUCUCUCUCUAUCAUACUGUAUCUCUGUUGGAACUAAACGAAUUUGUACGCAUUCGAUAAAGAUUGGAACCUGCUGAUGUUGAUCCCAAACACCUCGACCGAACGCGCGAAUAGAUAACUCAAACUCCCCCAAAAAAUUCUACGUUGUACUGUGGCGGAUGGACGGACACAUUAAAGUAACAAGAUACAAGAUACCACACAAUCAUCGGCAUAUUAUAUGCAGAUCUUUUUUUUUUGAAUUCAUAUGUUUUUAUUACUUUAUGCGUUAUGUAUAAAUCAUGUUUAUAAAUAAUGAGGAUGGUGCAACGAAAUA